AUCUCUAGUUGAUUUCCUGACAUUUUCUCCUCUCCAUUUUCCCACAGAGUCUAACCUUACGAGUCGUUCUAAAUCUCCUCACUCUCCGGCAAUUCGAUCUAUUCAACUCACCAUGACUCAGCGACGCGUCCGAUUCGACGCCAUAACCACAACCUCCACCUUCCUUCUCUCACUCUUGUGCUCUCUCUUCACGCCAACAAUUUCCACCGUUGAUUUUACCUCAAUCAUCGCCAAUAAUCACCGUCAAUCUCUUCUAUUGCCUCUCUCUCCUUCCAAAAAAAUCCCUAGCACUGAAUUUCGACGUCAUCUUCAAGCUAAACGCAUUCCUCCAACUGCUCGCAUGAAUCUCUUUGACGAUCUUCUUUCUAACGGGUAUUAUACAACGAGGCUUUAUAUAGGAACUCCAUCGCAAGAAUUUGCGUUGAUUGUUGAUACAGGAAGUACUGUUACUUAUGUUCCUUGCUCUGAUUGUGAUCAGUGUGGAAAUCACCAGGACCCAAAGUUCCAACCAGACCUUUCCAGCACAUAUCAUCCUGUCAAAUGUAAUCCUGAUUGUAAUUGUGACGCUGAAAAUGCUCAAUGUAUUUAUGAGAGACAAUAUGCUGAAAUGAGUUCCAGUAGCGGCGUUCUUGGUGAAGAUAUCGUUUCAUUUGGAAAUCAGAGUGAACUUCACCCCCAGCAUGCAGUUUUCGGUUGUGAAACUACAGAAACUGGUGAUCUGUACAGUCAGCAUGCUGAUGGUAUAAUGGGAUUGGGUCGGGGUGAUCUAAGUAUUGUUGACCAGCUUGUUGAGAAAGGGGUCAUCAGUGAUUCCUUCUCACUUUGUUAUGGAGGAAUGGAUGUUGGUGGGGGUGCUAUGAUUCUUGGUUCAGUAUCAGCCCCCUCUGACAUGGUCUUUACCCACUCUGAUCCAGACCGCAGUCCAUACUACAAUAUCGAGCUAAAGGAGUUACAUGUUGGUGGAAAGAAGCUGCCAAUAGAUUCAAAGGUUUUUGAUGGAAAACAUGGAACUGUUCUGGAUAGUGGUACAACAUAUGCUUAUUUACCAGAAGCAGCAUUUGUGGCAUUUAACCAUGCUAUAGGUAAUGAGCUCCACGGUCUGAAGCAAAUACGUGGACCUGACCCCAAUUAUAAAGAUAUUUGCUUUUCUGGUGCUGGAAGCAACAUUUCUGAAAUUUCAAAAUCAUUCCCUACAGUUGAUAUGGUCUUUGAGAAUGGUCAAAAGUAUUCAUUAUCACCAGAAAACUAUCUAUUCAAGCAUUCAAAGGUACCUGGCGCAUAUUGUCUUGGAGUUUUCCAGAAUGGAGAUGCCACAACUCUCUUAGGAGGAAUUGUUGUCCGUAAUACUCUCGUGACAUAUGACCGUGAACACUCCAAAGUUGGAUUUUGGAAGACUAAUUGUUCUGAGUUAUGGGAGAGACUUCGUGUAUCUGACAGUUCACCAGCACCAGCACCAGCACCGGUACCUGAACUCACACACACACCUUUUGGUCCCACUACCACAUCAUCAAUUGGAGAGUUUUUUGCUCCACAACUUUCUCCAGCAUCAGCACCUACGGGAAUACCAAGUUAUUUCAUUCCAGGAGUGAUAAAAGUUGGAUUUAUAACAAUUGAUAUGUCUUUGAGCAUCAAGGACUUAGACUUGAAGUCUCAUGUAUCAGAGCUCUUGGGCCUCAUUGCUCAAGAGCUGGGACUCAAUACUUCACAGGUUCAAUUGCUAAAUUUAACUUCCUCUGGAAAUGGUUCCAUGAUAACAUUGCGUAUCUGUCCUGAAAGCACUGCCAAGUAUAUUGCAAAUUCGACUGCGAUGCAUAUAAUUUCCCAUUUAGCAGAACAUCAAGUUCAACUUCCAGACACCUUUGGCAGUUAUAAGUUGGUUAGUUGGAAGGUGGAGCCCCCUGUAAAACGGACCUGGUGGCAACAACAUUACGUGGUGGUAGUAAUGGCGUUUCUUGUUGCAUUGAUGAUUGGGUUAUCUGUUUACGGAAUUUUGUUCAUUCGGAAAUGGAGGCAACAAACAACCAUAGAGUACAAGCCAGUUGAAAGUGAGACUGUUGUUCUUGAGCAAGAACUCCAGCCAUUGUGAACAGAACAAAUAAUUCAGAUAAUUCUUCUGCUAUUAUUCUAACAAGAAUUUGCUUUUAUCAAUAUUAUUCUUACACAAUUAAAAGAAAAUACGUUAUUUGGCUUAAUUUACAAGGGAAGUGUUAUUGAUUACACAAAAUAUCUACAUAGAAUUGUAGACUAUUUUGCGAGUCUUAAUUUUGUAGAUGAAUUCUUAGUUUCUUUUACUGGUAAUGAAAUCUUUAGUCUCCAACUUGCAAAACUUUGAUUGCGUUUUGAA